GGGGAGUAGUGGCUAGAGAGGUCAGACACAUGAUUUCCAGGCUUUUGCUGAUUCUGGAGCUACUAUUACUGUUGGCAGCAUCGCUCGGUACAUACAAAUCCAAGGCAAAGAACCCAUCAUUUCCACUGAGCUGCACCAGCGUUCCCUACCCCUUCGGCAUGUCAGGUAAAGCUAUGGAAGGCUUCGAAAUAAGCUGCAAUGGCACUUCUCCAAUUCUACGGCUAGGCGAACGUACUUACCGGCUUGCAGACAUCUCACUGCCGCAAGGCUAUCUGAGCAUCUACACUGGUGCCAUUUUUCAGAUCUGCGACAUGGAUUUCACUUCAGGAUCUGGCUGGAUCAACCUGACAGGAACCCCCUACACAAUAUCGGACACACAGAAUGCGCUGACGAUGGUUGGUUGCAACUAUGUGGCAAUCAUUUCUUCUGAGGAAGGGUUUGUGUUUCUUACUACUAGUAGCUUGGCAAUGGUUGGUUGUGUUACUUACUGCCCUUCCGUUGAGACUAUCGUCAGUGGGUCUUGCUCUGGCUUGGGCUGUUGUCAGGCUUCCAUCCCUAAAGGUCUCAAAAGCUUCAACAUACUAUACGGAAAUAUUGAUAGCUUCCAAAACAGUACUGCCGGUAUCACCUAUUGCAGGCAGGCCUUCUUUGCUAACAAAGGCAGCUUCACAUUCUCUAGAGACAAGCUGUUGGAUGGUGUAUACCAUAAACAAUUUUCUCAAGAUGGUUACCUGAUGACGUUGGAUUGGGCUAUUGGGAAUGACACAUGCGAAGAAGCGAGAAGAAAGAAGGAAACCAAUGCAUGCAAGGAGAACAGCUAUUGCUACGAUUCAACAAAUGGGUUCGGGUACCGCUGUAAUUGCAGCCAAGGAUACCAUGGAAAUCCUUACAUUGGAUGCACAGAUAUUAAUGAGUGUGAGGAUCCAGAGCUCAAUCCUUGUGUGGGAUUAUGCAUCAACGAGCCAGGAAAUGUUUCUUGCGCCUGCCCACCUGGUCAACAUGGUGACGGUAGAAAGCAAGGAAGUGGUUGCACGAAGAAGGAAAAAGAUACGGCCUUUCCGCUGGAGCUUGCUUUGGGUGCGGGGCUAAGCAUCCUGUUUAUUUUAAUCAUUGGAAGUUUGUUGUUCUAUUGGGUCUUAAAGAAAAGGAAACUAAUUAAGAUGAAAGCCAAGUUCUUUCAACAAAAUGGAGGCUUGUUUUUACGGCAGCAAAUCUUAAGUCAAGGUUCUAAUGCAAUAGUAAAGAUCUUCAGUAUAGAGGAUCUAGAAAAGGCCACCAACAACUUCAAUGAGAGCCAAAUCCUUGGUUGCGGUGGAUAUGGUACUGUAUAUAAGGGUGUUUUGCCAAGCCAAAAAGUUGUCGCCAUCAAGAAGUCCAAAUUAGUUGAUGGGAGCCAGCUCGAGCAAUUCAUCAAUGAGAUUGUCAUCCUCUCUCAAAUCAAUCAUAAAAAUGUUGUUAGACUUUUGGGCUGCUGUUUAGAGACCCAAGUUCCAUUGCUUGUAUAUGAGUUCAUAUCCAACGGAACCCUCUUCCACCAUAUCCAUGGUCAAUGUCAUGAUUUCUCAAUGCCCUGGGAAGUUCGUCUAAGGAUAGCUGCAGAAGCUGCUGGUGCAUUGGCAUAUCUGCACUCAACUACUUCAGUACCAAUCAUUCAUAGAGAUGUCAAAUCUACAAACAUACUGUUAGAUGAGAAUUAUAGAGCUAAAGUAUCAGACUUUGGAGCUUCGAGGUCAGUCCCAUUUGAUCAAACACACAUAACCACAAUCGUGCAAGGGACAUUUGGAUACUUAGAUCCAGAGUACUUCCACACAAGCAAGCUAACAGAGAAGAGCGAUGUCUAUAGCUUUGGGGUAGUUCUUGUAGAGUUAUUAACUAGAGAGUUUUCAGUAUCUCAUGCUAGGUCAGAAGAUCACAGAAAUCUAGCUACCUAUUUUAUAUUGAUGUUUGAUGAGCUGCACCUCCUUCAACUGAUAGAUCCUCAAAUUUUAGAGGAAGUUGAAAUGGAGAAACUCCUUGUAGUUGCACAACUUGCUAGGAGAUGCUUAAAUUUGAAAGGAGAAGAAAGGCCAACCAUGAAAGAAGUUGCCAUAGAGUUAGAAGGGCUAAGGAGGUUCCCUAAGCAACAGCUGGCUCCCCAAAAUCCUGAGAAAAUGGAACACUUGCUAGGUGGGAUUGGACCUUCAAAUGGAUGCACUGAGGAGGCAACUAGACAGUAUAGUUUGGAAGAUGAUAUGUUAGCUUCCAUGGAUCUCCCACGGUGA